AGGUCUGGGGGCGUGGCUCUUAACGUCUACGCAUAAACCACUGACAAUAUGAACAGAUCAAACAGAUCACAAUAUAAAACAGUGACUCGGGCAUUUGUUGCAGAAAUAUUUUGACCGGGUGUAUUUAUCAGAAUACUGAACUUGCCGGCUCCAGGAUUGUCCUAUAACUAUAUAUAAAGAAAAAAAAAUACGGGAUAGUUUAGACUCUUCCGGGAGCGUCAGGCGGCUUAGCAGGAGUGGUCACGUGCAAUAACAUUGCGUCAUUUCCGCUAGCCUGAUCUCUCGCUAUAUAUUUUUAAUUCUCGACACUUAAACUCUAUUAGUUGAAUAUCCACAUUCACACAAGUCUACAUGUCUACACACCAAUAACAAACCAAAGUAAACCCGCAAUCUUUUCGAGACGCAGAGGUCUGCCUCACUGCGCAUGCGCGGUCCAGGCUGCAACGUCGUUCUUGUUUGCAAACAAAACUCCGUGUGUGGAUGUGUGAGACGCAGCUGCUGUCAUGGCAGAAAACAACGACAGCGAAAUCAUCGAGCAUCAUGACGACGAAGCGAUGGAGAAGAUGAACAGACCGAGAAAUGAUUCUCAUUCGUUUAUGGGGAGCGUGACAGCUUCAGAGAGAGAUGGAUACAGCAGCACACAGUCCUCACACCGCCUGCUGGCUUACAGUGAUGCUCUCAUCUCCAUCAUCGCCACUGUCAUGAUAUUACCUGUUGCCCAUACAAAAUUUCAAGACAAUGAGGAACUGACGGAAAGCCUUCAGUCGCUCCUAACCACUAAGAUUGCGGUGUACCUGAUGACAUUUCUGAUAGUGACAGUUGCUUGGGCAGCACAUAUAAGACUGUUUCAGGUCAUUGAACGCAUCGAUGACACACUUGCACUUCUUAAUUUAGCUUGUAUGAUGCUGAUCACUUUUCUACCAUACACGUUUUCUCUGAUGGCAACUUUCCCAAAUAACACCCUUGGCAUUCUGCUCUUUUGUGCCUGCGUCAUUAUAAUCGGUCUCAUUCAGGCGGUUAUUGUCUUGUAUGGCUUCAGCCAUCCUUUCCUCCUAAAUGAGCACAUCCAGCUGUCGGAAAAUCAGGCCUAUUACAGACGCCAUAUUCUUGAAGUUAUAGUGAGAGUGCCUAUAAUGUGUUUCUUCGCCGGCAUCUUUGCGUUCAUCUAUGUUAAACUGUCGUAUGUCCUGCUGGCUCUUGUCAUAUUCAUUCCCUAUAUAUCUCAGUCUAUGAAAUGGAUUUGGACUAAAGCCAUUGGUACUCAGGUGGAGGAGACUCCAGACUCCAUGCUUUUUUAUACGUACUACCCCAGUGAACCACUGAGCAAGGAGCGAGUAGAGGCUUUCAGUGAUGGAGUUUAUGCCAUUGUAGCCACUCUUCUCAUCUUAGAUAUAUGUGAGGACAACGUGCCGGACCCAUCUGUUGUGAAGAAGCAGUUUGACAACAGCCUCAUCUCUGCUCUCCAGGAGUAUGGCCCCGAGUACCUGGCCUACUUUGGCUCCUUUGCCACAGUGGGCCUAUUGUGGUUUGUGCACCAUUCGCUCUUCCUGCAUGUGACUCGCGCAACACGUUUAAUGGGUCUCUUCAACACUUUCUCCCUAGCUUUUGUAGGUGGCCUGCCACUAGCCUACCAGCUAACACAUGAAUUUCCUCGUGGCUCUCAAAACGAGCUUGAGGCCAUCCAGAUCAGCUGUGUCAUCAUUUUCUUCGCCGGCCUCUUUCAGCUGGCCAUGUGGGUUACAGCACUCUUCACAGAGCGCGAGACGCUCCACCCGUACGUUCAUCACGGAGGCCGAGAGCACGCCUUCAUGCUCGCCAAGCUCUUGCUCUACCCCUGUGUGGCGCUUGGGACAUUUUUCUCUACAUGUAUCCUCAGCCGCUUUAGCUCACCCAUCUUCCACCUGAUGCAGAUUGCAAUUCCGUUUGCGUUCCUGCUGCUGAGGUUGAUGGUGCAAGUGGUGCUGGCCGUGCUGAGGUGGCUGUUUUGUCCAAAGACAACUAAUGGAAGAAGUGCAUUGUUGGAAGAUGAGGAAGCUCGCGUGCCUUUUACAGACAUUGUCACCUAGCAGGACGUGGUUAACCCAUGGUAAAAUCCAGCAAGGUCUCUGGGCCCGUUUUCACAAAGGAUUCCUCCCUGAACUUUUGCAAUCUGAUAUGUAAUUGUUUGCUGCAAAGUGCGUUUGGAGGAAUUUGCGACAACAGUAACCUGCCACUCUAUAACUACACAACAUCGGCUAGCAGUCAGUUAAUAGUAAUGUGAUUUGUGGGCUUUGUACUUUAAAUCAUUUAAUAAUUUUGAAAGAAUGCAUAGGAACUAAGCUAAACUGUAUUCUAAGAAUGAAUGCCACUGCUAAAUCCGUCCUAGAUUUAAUGCUGUAACUUUUUUUUUUAUACAAGCUGGAUCAGGUAAAGUCUCACUAAAUAGCAUGAUGAAAUCUGAGGUCUAGGAGCAUUGUGUUAAACUCGUUUAAUCGUUUAGACUCGUAAGCUUGUAUCUUGUAAGUACUUAAGGCAAAAUGAAAACACAGGUGAAAUAUGUCUAAAAUAACAAAAUUGUCUCCUGCAUAACUGUAUAGUGGGACUGUCGUUUCAUAAAAAAACAAAAACACACAUUAAUUUAGCAUCUUUCUAAAGCAGAAUAUAAUUUGGUUUGAGGAAAUGUAACCACAGACCAGAAGCUCAGGACCAACUGGUUAUACAAAGCACUAACUUUGUAUAACUGGAAUGAUGGCACAGAUCUGGCCCACAUGUGGUUGCCAGAACUCAGCCAGUUUUACAGCCAUUUCAACUUAAUUUUUGCUGUCAUGGCAAUUGUAAAUUUUAAAAUGAAUCCAUUUGUGCGUACGUGUACAGGGAAGUGGUACAGUUGCUGAAACUGCUGCUGAGACGAGUAGCACUAAGCUACAAUAUAGUUGAAUUUGCUCACUGUAAGAGAUUAUGAAUAAGGUGGAGCUCUUCAAGCUAUGUUUCUGUUAUUUCCUUAUGUUUUGGAUUGUCUCUUUAUUGACUGAUACACCCACAUUUUAUUUUUCAUUUCUUGGAAUUGUAAUGUCUCUUGAUACAUGUGAAUGUUUUUCACCCAGAGAUCACAGGGGUGCAAUCAUUUACACUCAGACUUGUUGUCUGCAAGCAUUUGUGUUGUUUAAUCCAUAUUAUUGUAUAAUGAAAUACAGUUGCAAUCAAAAUUAUUCCAGCUCAAGCACACCUGGUGCAACUAAUGAAGCCCUUGAUUAGUUGUAUCAGGUGUGCUUGAUACAACACCUGUUUUGCAUAUUUGUGCUGUUGUGAGGGCUUCUGUUCAGGGGGUUGAAUAAUUUAGAAACUGGAGAAAUCUUUAUAAGUUGCAUUAUCAGUUGAAUUUGGGGAAACAUUCGUUGUGUUGAACUAUUUCAACUGCUUUUGUUUGAUUUGUUCAUUGCAAACAGCUGAAAGUCUUGAUUUUGCAAUGGGGGUUGAAUAAUUUUGAUUGCAACUGCACAUAUAAUUAAUGGAAAAACUCUAGUAAAACUCCUCAAACCUUAUGACUUGUCAGUAAUCAUAUACUUAUUCACAGUUAUACACAUUUAAUGUGGAAGUCGUCAUACAGAAUGGUAUUCAUUUUGUUUAUUCUGCUGCCAUUUUAACUCCACCUGAGGAGGUGCUGUGGGAGAAUGAGUUAUUCUGGCCAUCUUGCUUAGGGCUAAAUGAUAAAGGUGACUGCAUCAGUCCAGGUAACGCAACUCUUCUCACAGGCUGAGGACUGAAAUCAUAAUCACGAAGCAUUUCAGACAUACAGUGCCUCAGGAAAACAUUUAAACCUCCUGAGCCACUAUCUCUACUGGAAACAACAACUGGCUAAAAUACACAGAUAUUUUUAAGUAAAUGUGCUGCUUGUAUUCAAAUCCCCAGCAGCGUUUUACAUUACAAAGGACAAAAUCGGAUAUUUAUGUUAAAACCCAUUAAGAAACUAAUUUACUUGAAAGCCAUGAGAAAUACUACAAGACUAAAGAUACCAAGUUAAUCAAGUUUUUAAUCUGGAGUUAACGUGUAUUCACGUGUGGUUCUGUGUUCUUACUUUUUCUGUUCUUUGAGUAUUGUUGUUGGACAGAUGUUGAGUGAAUCAGUCAGAUCAGAAACCAGAUGUAAGCAGG